AUGAGGCGCGGGGGCCCCGCUGCCAUCGCCGCCUGCCUCGCCGGGGCUCUCGCUGUGCUGGCGGGACCGGGGCCGGGCAGUGCCACCGGGACCGGCCGGCGACCCCCCCGUAGCUACGGGCACCUGGAGGGCGACGUGCGCUGGCGGCGACUCUUCUCCGCCACCCGCUUCUUCCUGCGCAUCGACGGCGGCGGCGGCGUGGAGGGGACGCGCUGGAGGGAGCGGCCGGGCAGCAUCGUCGAGAUCCGGUCGGUGCGUGUCGGCGUCGUGGCCAUCCGGGCGGUGCACACCGGCUUCUACCUGGCCAUGAACAAGCGGGGGAGGCUCUACGGGUCGAAGGAGUUCAGCCCCAACUGCAAGUUCACAGAGCGCAUCGAGGAGAACGGCUACAACACCUACGCGUCGCUGCGCUGGCGGCACUGCGGCCGCCCCAUGUUCCUCUCCCUCAACAGCAAGGGCAGGCCACAGCGAGGGGGCAAGACACGCCGGCAGCACCUCUCCACACACUUUCUCCCCAUGCUUGUUGGCUGAGCGCCACGAGCAGCUCUGGACAGUCCUGUAGGAAAAAAAAACAAGAAAGGAUUAUUUUAUUUA